UGGUGUUAGAAAUCCAGGAAUAAUGGGGACUUAGAUUUACUCAUCAGCAUGGAACCAAACAUCAGUAUGGGUGUGGUGGAUGGGAGGUUUUUGAAAUGGUAAGUUAACAUGGUGAUUUUAAGAGGUUCACUCUUGGCUACCGUCAGACCUCACCAGGUAAUUGUGGAGAAAAAAGGUGGAGAAAUCAGCGAUUUUACUAGUGUUUCCCUCUACUUUGCACAAUUUCUAAGACAUAAAUUCUUAGGCAAUGUCCCCUGCCCAGUUUUUCCUCUUCCUCUUAGCUUUGGUUCCCACCAACUUUGCAUUUCCUGUUGCUAAAAUCUGUUACUCCUGGCGAUAGUUGGUUAUUGGCCUGGGGGCAGGUACAAGAGUAGCCCAGCUGGAGCAUGACCUGGGUUCUGGACUUUCCUCACACUAGGUUAUGUUGAAUGCGUGGCCUCCUACAGGGAAUUACUUUGCAGAAAAACACUACCUUUAAUAUUUUUGUAACUGGUAUUAUUUUUUUGAAGAAUUUUUUUUACAUAACUUUUUAUGUUCUUUGCCCCAUUCUAGUUGGUGUGUUUUUGUUAUUAGGGAGCAUAAAUAGAUGCAGAGGCUUGUUUUAUGUUUGUUGUGGGAGCCCCACCCCCUUUAGUUUGUCUUAAUUGUCUUCAGAAGCACGCUAGUCUAUUACUUCUCUUCCUGGUACUGAUGCUGUAGCUAUUAACCAUUUAUUGCGUAAGAGACCAGUCUCUUGCUCUCAGGCUGAUAUUUUGAUGAGUGGGGCAACCCUUGCUUAUAUACGAGUAACAAUUAAAGAGCAAUACAGACUGGAAUGCAAUUAAGUGCCCAAAUAUGUGUGGCUCAAGGGCAGGGAUCACCAGCCUUUCCCCUAAAACGAAACCUGUGUGGCUGAGAAAAGUAAUGACUGUUCGGUGCUGGCGGAGCCCCUUGUCCCUCCCUCCCACACGUACACACCUUUAUCUCAGAGACACUUGGUUCUUCCCCACCCCCCCGAACUUCUUUGGCUCUUAUGCCUUCCUCCCUGCGUCUGAAAGCUCGAGGAGGGAGAAUGGGGGAGGGGGGCGUGCCGCUCGCUUCCGUACUGAUUUCUGUCCCUAGCAGUCUGGGGGAGGUGCUGGAUGAGCUGCCCCAGUCCAGCUGCAGCCAACCCAGGUCCCAGUCCCUGCCCUUUGCUCUCCUGCUUUUCAAUAAGUCCCGAGGCUCUGGGGGGGGUGGGCGUGGGAGUAGCCCUAGCUGAGGCUCGGAAGUCUCCCUGGGCUGCUCAGGGGGCCCCAGGCGGUAGCCACGUUCAGAUUCUGGCUCGAAGCCAGGGGAGGGAGCUUGGGGUAAGGGGAGGGCCCUGAGGGAGGGGUCAGACUCCUUAGGAAAGAGUUAAUGGGAGGAGGGGGAGGGGAUUGGACGGAGAGACCGAAGGGAAGACUCAGGUAGGAAAAGAACCGAGGAGGGAAGCCUGGUGGGGAGAAGGGAGCCUGCAAGAUCAGAGGGUCAGAGUUAGGGGGCUUCCCCCUGCUGCACCCUCAUCCUAGGGCCGCCAACUUACAUCCGCGGCGGCGACUUUCAGUUUCAUUUCCACGGACCCUCCUGCCUGGGCCGCAGCCGCAGCCGCCGCCGCGAUGCCCAGUAAGUUCAGCUGCCGGCAGCUUCGGGAGACGGGCCAGUGCUUCGAGAGUUUCCUGGUCGUUCGGGGACUGGACAUGGAGACAGAUCGCGAGCGGCUGCGGACCGUUUAUAACUGGGAUUUCAAGAUCAGCUUUGGGACCCCUGCCCCUGGCUUCUCCUCCAUGCUGUAUGGAAUGAAGAUUGCAAAUCUGGCCUACGUCACCAAGACUCGGGUCAGGUUCUUCAGACUCGACCGCUGGGCCGACGUGUGGUUCCCAGAAAAAAGGAGAGUGAAGGUGGGGUCAGACAUCAGCAAACACCACAAGUCACUGCUAGCCAAGAUCUUUUACGACAGGGCUGAGUAUCUUCACGGGAAACAUGGGGUGGACGUGGAAGUCCAGGGGCCCCAUGAAGCCCGAGAUGGGCAGCUCCUUAUCCGCCUGGAUUUGAACCGCAAGGAGGUGCUGACCCUGAGGCUUCGGAAUGGAGGAACCCAGCCUGUCACCCUCACUCAUCUCUUCCCACUCUGCCGGACCCCCCAGUUUGCCUUCUACAAUGGAGACCAGGAGCUGCCCUGCCCACUGGGCCCUGGCGAGUGCUACGAGCUCCAGGUCCACUGCAAGACUAGCUUUGUGGGCUACUUCCCGGCCACGGUGCUCUGGGAGCUGCUGGGACCUGGGGAGUCAGGUUCGGAAGGAGCCGGCACUUUCUACAUUGCCCGCUUCUUGGCUGCCGUUGCCCACAGUCCCCUGGCUGCACAGCUGAAGCCCACGACUCCCUUCAAGCGGACCCGGAUCACUGGAAACCCUGUAGUGACCAGCCGGAUAGAGGAAGGAGAGAGACCUGACCGCGCUAAGGGCUAUGACCUGGAGCUGAGCAUGGCGCUGGGGACAUACUACCCACCCCCUCGCCUCCGGCAGCUGCUCCCCAUCCUUCUUCAGGGGACAAGUAUCUUCACUGCCCCAAAGGAGAUUGCUGAGAUCAAGGCCCAGCUCGAGACAGCCCUGCAGUGGAGAAAUUACGAGGUGAAGCUCCGGCUGCUGCUGCACCUGGAGGAGCUGCAGAUGGAGCAUGACAUCCGGCACUACGACCUGGAGUCGGUGCCCAUGACCUGGGACCCCGUAGACCAGAACCCCAGACUGCUCACACUGGAGGUUCCCGGAGUGACCGAGAGCCGCCCCUCAGUGCUGCGGGGUGACCACCUGUUUGCACUUUUGUCCUCUGAGACACAUCAGGAGGACCCCGUCACCUACAAGGGCUUUGUACACAAGGUGGAAUUGGACCGUGUCAAGCUGAGCUUUUCCAUGAGCCUCCUGAGCCGCUUUGUGGAUGGGCUGACCUUCAAGGUGAACUUCACCUUCAACCGCCAGCCCCUGCGGGUGCAACACCGUGCCCUGGAGCUGACGGGGCGCUGGCUGCUGUGGCCCAUGCUCUUUCCUGUGGCCUCCCGUGGGGUCCCGCUGCUGCCCUCAGAUGUGAAGCUCAAGCUGUAUGACCGCAGUCUGGAGUCAAACCCUGAGCAGCUGCAGGCCAUGAAGAACAUCGUUAUGGGCACCACCCGUCCAGCCCCCUACAUUAUCUUUGGGCCUCCAGGCACUGGCAAGACUGUCACCCUGGUGGAAGCCAUUAAGCAGGUGGUGAAGCACUUGCCCAAAGCCCACAUCCUGGCCUGCGCUCCGUCCAACUCAGGAGCUGACCUUCUCUGCCAGCGGCUCCGGGUCCACCUGCCCAGUUCCAUCUACCGCCUCCUGGCCCCCAGCAGGGACAUUCGCAUGGUGCCCGAGGACAUCAAGCCCUGCUGCAACUGGGAUGUGAAGAAAGGGGAUUAUGUGUUUCCCGCCAAGAAGAAGCUGCAGGAGUAUCGUGUCUUAAUUACCACCCUCAUCACGGCCAGCAGGUUGGUCUCAGCUCAGUUUCCCAUCGAUCACUUCACACACAUCUUCAUCGAUGAGGCCGGCCACUCCAUGGAGCCUGAGAGCCUGGUGGCCAUAGCAGGGCUGAUGGAAGUCAAGGAAACAGACAAUCCAGGAGGGCAGCUGGUGCUGGCAGGAGACCCUAGGCAGCUGGGGCCCGUGCUGCGCUCCCCGCUGACCCAGAAGCAUGGCCUGGGGUACUCCCUGCUGGAGCGGCUGCUGACCUACAACGCCCUGUACAAGAAGGGCUCCAAUGGCUAUAACCCCCAGUUCAUAACCAAGCUGCUGCGCAACUACAGGUCUCACCCCACCAUACUGGACAUUCCCAACCGACUCUAUUAUGAUGGGGAAUUGCAGGCCUGUGCCGACGUCGUGGACCGAGAGCGCUUCUGCCGAUGGGAGGGUCUGCCUCGACAGGGCUUUCCCAUCAUCUUUCACGGCGUAAUGGGCAAGGACGAGCGUGAGGGUAACAGCCCAUCAUUCUUCAACCCUGAAGAGGCUGCCACAGUGACCUCCUACCUGAAGCUGCUCCUGGCCCCCUCCUCGAAGAAGGGCAAAGCCCGCCUGAGCCCCCGAAGCGUGGGCGUCAUCUCUCCCUACCGGAAGCAGGUGGAAAAAAUCCGUUAUUGCAUCACCAAACUUGACAAGGAGCUUCGGGGACUGGAUGACAUCAAAGACUUAAAGGUGGGCUCCGUAGAAGAGUUCCAAGGCCAAGAGCGCAGCGUCAUUCUCAUCUCCACCGUGCGGAGCAGCCAGAGCUUUGUGCAGCUGGAUCUGGACUUCAACCUGGGUUUCCUUAAGAACCCCAAGAGGUUCAACGUGGCUGUGACCCGGGCCAAGGCUUUGCUCAUCGUGGUGGGCAACCCGCUGCUCCUGGGCCAUGACCCUGACUGGAAAGUAUUCCUGGAGUUCUGUAAAGAAAACGGGGGGUAUACCGGGUGCCCCUUCCCUGCCAAACUGGAUCUGCAGCAGGGACAGAACUUACUCCAAGGUCUGAGCAAGCUCAGGCCCUCUACCUCAGGGCCCCAAAGUCACGACUACCUCCCCCAGGAACAGGAGGGAGAAGACAGCCUGUCCCUGCAGGUAGAGCCAGAGUGGAGAAAUGAGCUCUGAAGACACAGCAGACAGCCUUCGCACACCAGCCAAGCCUUAACCGCCCACCUGACCCUGAACCGGAACCCAGCUUGAACCAGAGCCCAGCUGAGCUGCCCCUCCAGAAGGAC